UUUGAUCAAAUGAGUACCUGAUACGACUGGCCUAUAUAGAGGAGAUAACUGAAAGAUAAAACACAGCUUUUUUAGUACUGAAGGUGUCGCCUCGGUGUUGGCAUUUAGUUGUAUGGCUGUGCAGCGACACUUCAGAAAAUGCUGACGGGACUGCUGCUGCUGCUACUCUUGCUGUGUGGGGCAGGGCGAGGCGCAGAGUCCUCGCUGAAUAUGGCUUUGGAAUAUGUACAGCAGACAGCGGCGGAGAACGCAGUGCAGUACCUUCCUGUGGCCGUGUCUCCAACCAGUCCCUGUGGCCGGGCCCUCAGCACCAUGGUCAAGGACCUGCAGCGCAACCUCACGUGGCCAGCAUUCAUGGUGGAUUCGUGGGGCAAGAAUACUGAUGGAUUAUUGUUUGGUAAUAAAUAUAACGGCCUCUACGAUGAGUGCGUGACCGCGAGUUCUCCGGACAGCACUAUCAAGGGAAAAUAUUGCAAGAUACAUGCUUACGGAAUUGGAAAUGUGAACACGGAGGCGACGUUUGUCCGCCAGCAGCUUCCGUUGGGACAUGCCCCGGGGAAAUUAGAUUUUUCUUUGGUGAGGGAGUGGGCACAGAAGCCGCGUAUGACCAUUUAUCCAGAAAUGGAAUAUGGAACCUGUAUGCCUAAUGUGUGCACCAAGGAGGAACUCCAGGACAGUCUCGCCCAGUACCUAGUUCCCACUGGAUUUUAUCCUGCAGUCAUCUUUUGUGAGGAGCAAGACACUGACCUCCAGUUUACAGAUGGUGAUAUAGGAUUCGUGUCCUUGGUCACUUUCCUGCUGGUGCUCAUUGGCUGUGCUUCCCUCAUGGACAUCUACCUUCACUUCAGCAGCAAUGACCAUUUGGCCAAAGGUGCUCUCCGUUACCUGCUGGCAUUCUCAGCUUACACCAACCUGAGUAAGAUGCUCCAGGUAAACCCCAAGGCCACUCCAGGGAACAUUACCUGCCUACAUGCUAUGAGAACACUUUCCAUGACGUGGGUGAUAUGGUGUCAUCAGGUUACCAUUCCUUUUCCAAAUACAGCAAAUAUAUUAGAAGUAUUUCUGAAAUUUGAGAAUAUCCUUGCCCAGGCUAUCCUCAAUGGAUACCCCAGUGUGGACACUUUCUUUUUCCUGAGCGGCCUCUUGCUGUCAUACAGUGUCCUCAAGGAAACCAAAAGAACCAGAUCCUUCAAUAUCCUCCUUUUCUACUUUCACAGAAUCUUACGCAUCAUCCCAGCUAUCGGCCUCAUGUGUGGAUUUCAGGCUACUGUGAUGCGCUUCUUUGUAUCUGGCCCAUGGUCCUAUGUAUGGAAUAUGUAUUGGCAACCCACUUGUGCCAAAAACUGGUGGAAGGAUGUCACCUUUGUCAAUAAUUUCAUUCAAGAUGGUGGAUCAUGCUUAGGACAAACUUGGUACAUUGCAGCUGACAUGCAAAUGUACUUGGUGGCACCUCUCAUCAUUGUUCCUGUUUAUUUCUACAAAAACAUUGGCAAGGCUUGGCUCUUGCUUCUGACGGCUUUGUCCACCAUCAUCCCUGCUGCCAUUAUUUACGCCAAAGACCUUCCUCCAACCUUACUCAUAGCCAUUGACCAAAGUCUCAGCGAAAAAUACUUUAACCUGGUGUACCUGCCUCCCUGGACCCGUACAAGCCCUUGGUUGGUUGGGAUUUGGGUGGGGUACAUUUUCUUCAAGCAAGGCAACACAAGAUACAAGAUGAGCGCAUUGGUGGUGACAGUAGGAUGGACGCUUGCUGCCAUCACAGGCCUCCUGGUGGUGUUUGGCAUGUACAGCUACAACCACUUCAUAUCGCCAACACCUUACGAGUUGAUGUCACGCUUGACAUAUGGUGGCUUGCACCGGCUGGCCUGGGGAGCGGCACUAGGCUGGUUGGUGUUUGCGUGUCAUAAUGGUUAUGGAGGUGUGGUGAACAGAUUCUUGUCACAUCCAAUGUGGCAGCCAGUCAGCCGCCUCACCUAUGCUACCUAUCUCGUGGCCUUUCCUGUGCAGUAUUUCCUGUUCUACAACUCUCGAGAUGUAUACUACUUCACCCAUGUCAACGCGAUCAUCUCGACGGUGGGUGCUGUGGUCAUUGCUAUUGGUGUUGCUGUGUUGCUGUCACUCAUGGCCGAGUCACCUAUUGUUGGCAUAGAGAAACUACUGCUCAGGCCAAAUCCUGGCUCAUCCCCACGGAAGCCUGCAGUACAGGAGAAUGUUGAGCCCCAUGUGUCAACCAAUGGUGUCUCCAACCCUGUCUUCAUGACAGAGAACAGUAUAACAGCAGAGAAAACUCUUGAAGCCUCCAAAAUAGUGACAGCAUUGUAGAAGCAAAUAUCAUAUUAUAUUUUAAGUGCACUAUGACUACUAAGAGACUGGUGCAUGCACAAUAGCUACUCUGGACACCUUGGGCAACAGUUGCCCAAGGUGUCUAGAGUAGCUAUUGUGCAUGCAUCAGUCUCUUAGUAGUCAUAGUGCACUUAAAAAACAUAAUCAUUUGUAGAGGUAGAUGUCAGACCGCUGCUGCCCAAAUGUAAUACCAGGGUGUGGAAACACAGGUGUUCGGAGUAGUUCCUGUUGUUGCAUGUACCAACCUCUUACUGGUGGUGAUGGAUUUAGGUAAACCUUGUCAUCUGAAGAGAUAAUAGAGGAAAAAAAUCACACUUUUAGAUAGAGUAAAUAAAUGUGAUUUUUCAUUUAUUGAUUAUUAUGUCAGUGUGACUCAGUCAUGUGUAGAAAUAAUAGCAGUGACAUCUGAAAACUGAAACUUAGCAACACACACACACACACACACACACACACACACACACACACACACACACACACACACACACACACACACACACACACACACACACACAGCUGGAUAAAAGUAGAUAUAGGGAUAGGUUAGCACAGCAUUCUCAGAUGCUGUGCAAUAUAAAAUGACAAAUAAAUGGCCACUAAAUUGCAAUGCCUUCUGCAGUUCCAGUGUUUACUGUGAAAGUAUUGUGUUUGCUCAACUCAAGUCAGUUACCUCUAUAGAAAUGUUUUAUCUUCCUCAUUUCACACAUGAGAUGCUUCACCACAAGUUGGAUGCAUGAGGUAUGAUAUACAUAAAAGGUAACAUGUAAAGAAUAUUUCAUGUAAAGAAAAUUAUAUUAUAGCAGACUUCAUGAUUGCAUCAACAAGUAUGCCAGGUUGGCAUCCCCACAAAGGAGAAUAGCCAAGAUAAAACAUCUAGACACACGAACACACACAAACAUACAUACUAUUGUACUGUAUUGUGUACUAGAGACUUAUUUUGUGUGGUUUUUCAUAAUUUACUGAUUGAUCUGCAUAUCUGCAUAGAUUGUGUAUGCACAUUAUUAGUUUAUUGCAAUCCUGAAUUUAGAUUACUGUUUUAGGGAGAAUGACAUCAUAUAUUCUGAAGUCUAUUGAUGCUGUAUUCCCUGCACAUAGUAAGUGGUGAAAAGUUAUUAGGAUGAGCACAGCCCUUCCUUCCCCAAUAUACAUGUAUACAUUCCCACAGUAGGGCAAGAAUUGGUGGGCUACCAUUCAGUGAGGGUGAAUGCAGCUGGGAAUAUAGAUAAAUAGAUGGAUAGUGCUUGAUUCUCAUUUCCCGUGUGGCCUACUAGAACUAUAAAAGGGACACACAUUGUGUACAUAAUGUGGAUAACAAAAAUUAUAUAUAUAAUAAACAUAGAAUAUAA